AUGAAACCAUUUCACGGCAUUACAUUUUGCCCAACCGCAAUACAGGCUGAAGAAGCAUCCAGGUUAAUAUCUAAACAAAUUAUUAAAUUAGGUGGUAAUUUCUCUAAAGAUUUAACAAAAUAUGUCAAUGUAUUAGUUAUUGGACAAAGUAAAAAUACAGAAAAGUAUAAAUUUGCUGUUAAAUAUAGGGCGGAUAUAAUAUUUAUAAAUGUAGCUACUCUGAAUCAAAUUUAUCAACUGUGGUUAUCUGGUGAUGAUGUGACUUUAGAAAAUCAUUCAAAUUUUGAACAUUUAAAAGGUGAUGGACGACUGAAGGCUAGAAUGAUGGCAGUAUUGCAGGCUAAAUAUUCAAUACCACCUUUGGAAAACUUUAGAGUUUUUAUUGGAAGAAUUUCUCAGAAAUUAAAGUUUCCUGAUGAUAAACCAGCAACGGCAGAACUUCCCAAAAUUUUGGAUUUAGAAAAAGUUUGUACCAAGUUAGGAGUUGCUUCUUGUAAUUCUAACAACUUCAUUAAAGAUUGUAGAUCCACUACAUCAUCUCCUGCUGUAUUUAUUACAGAUAACCCACAAGGUGCUAGAGUCGAUGCUGCAAGAUCACAAGGAUUAGCAAUCAUACACUAUAAAUGGCUUUUAGAUUGCCUUAAAAGAAAUGCUAUGCUUCAAUUUGACCCAUACUAUUUGUUAGAUAAUGUAUUGAAUUCAUUGUACGAUGAUAUAGGUUCAAAUGCAUGUGAAUGUUGGGAUAAGAUAGGAGACUAUAAUUUGAUGAAAACACGUAAUAAAGACGUAGACAAUAUAAAUAAAGACAGUGAUACCGGGGAUAGCACUAUUAUUACAUCUACAAUGUUAAAUAAAUUUAAAACAGAAGGUAACAAGCUUUGGAAUAAGGUGAUAAGUAAUAAUUUAUCACAAGGUACUAAUAUGGAAAAAAAUAAACCAAUUAUUCAUAAUGGUAUUGAUCAAAAAAUUGCAUUGCGAGCAGAUACUGGAAGAUGUUUUGAUAAAUAUAAAUUUCAUAUACAUAAUAGUUUUUCUGAGAAACAUCAGAGGAUCCUCGAAAAAGUCAUUCAACAGAAUGAUGGUACAAUAAUCGAGGAUAUGCCAGACUCUAAUAUCGAUGAGACUGUUUUCAUUAUUAUACCAUGUGAUAGAUCGAUAGAAGAACUAGGGGUUUCUUCAAAUUCUAAUUUAGUAACUGAAUUUUUCGUAGAAAGGUGUUUACACUACAAGAAGUUAUUAUUACCGUUAGAUUCAUGGUCCAAACCAUUUUUAUUGACAAAAGAAUUUGAGAUUAAACCUAACAAAAAGUUAUUACAUAGUGAAAAUUUGCAUUUGAAUGUAUCCAUUACUGGGUUUCACGGUGUAGAAUUAUUGCAUCUAACUAAAAUUUUUGAUAUUUUGAAACCUAUGGGAAUCAAUUACAUGAAAUAUUUAAACAGGACUACAGAUUUGUUAAUUAUUAAUUUAUCGUCGCUACCAAGCAUUCCAGAAGAUCAUGUAUUAUGGAAGAAUGAAUAUAGUGAUUUAUUUAUAGAAGAUCACAAAACUAACCAAGAAAAAAAUAACAAGCAAGUUUUUAGAAAUUCUAUGAAAAAGAAAAUUGAAUUUAUUAAAGAGGAACAUUCAAUACCUGUAGUUACGCCUGUUUUCCUAUUAGAGAUGUUUCAUAAGGCAAAUGAAGUAAGUGACGCCGAAAUUGGCCAGUUGAUUCAUUUGAAUAAUAUGAAUUGGUGUAUAAUGUGUCCUAGAGGUAAAAAAGAUGACUUUUCAUGUACGAUUAAACAAAAGUCAAAAUUAAAUACAGUUGAUUCUGUUUCUGAUUUAUUUCAAGUUAAAAAUGAUUUUACCUAUCCUUCCAUUAAAAGUUCCAAGGAUGAAUUUUUAAAUAAGCUAAAAGCCUACUCACCUAAUAAACCAUCAGAUGUAAAAAUUAAUAGUCAUUUUUUAAAACAAGAUCCUUUACCAUCUAAAGUUAGUUUGGAGAUGGAUAGUACACCAUCUAUUAAAAGACAGAAACUGAGUCCUUCAAAAAGUAUCGAACCUGUAAAAAGAUUAGCAAGCUGGGGAAAACUAAUGUCUGAUAAAGAUCCGGUUGAAAACAAUCAAUUAAACCAUAUAAAAAUAUCAUCGAAAGAUGAAAAGGAUGAUGAUUCAAAUUCUGCAUUCAGUUAUGGACACACUCAGGUUACAUACGGUGUUUCAGAGACAUCAAAUAAGAACGUAAAAAAAUUAACUAGAAAACACAUGAAAAAUAUAGAUUAA